GCUAGAUUUUUCCUACUAACAUAUAAACAUACUUAAAGCUGGCCAAAACUAAAGUCGAAUGAGGUGCUACGUUACAUAGUUACACAGAUUCAAACUUUCAUCAUUUCCAUUUUUGAAUGUGCAUAUAGAUCACGUGGAUAUACCUUUGGAAUUACGUAGAAUUACGUCCGAACUUACAGUGGCCGGAAGUUGAAAAAUUUUUGUUGAAAAAAAAAUCAAUAGGCCCUAAUAGAGGUAAUACAAUAGUGAUUCAUUCUUGAUCAGCAUUAAUAAAACAUUUUGCGGUUCCGACUUAUCAGACUUGGGAAAAUAUAUUAAAUAUUUUCUUUCUAUAAUCUUCAUACCCACACACUCUUCUGCAAAAAGUUCAAGUUUUGCAAAGUAAAAGCUCCUCUUAACCUCAAAAUUUCUAAGAAGACAAAUAUUAACAAUGACUGGUCGUGGUAAAGGAGGUAAAGGACUUGGAAAAGGAGGCGCUAAGCGCCAUCGUAAAAUCCUUCGUGAUAACAUUCAAGGUAUCACCAAGCCUGCCAUCCGUCGUCUUGCUCGUCGUGGUGGAGUAAAACGUAUCUCGGGUCUCAUCUACGAAGAAACUCGUGGUGUCUUGAAAGUGUUCCUUGAAAACGUAAUUCGAGACGCCGUCACCUAUACUGAACACGCCAAGCGUAAGACCGUCACGUCUCUUGACGUUGUAUAUGCUCUUAAACGACAAGGACGUACUCUCUACGGUUUCGGUGGAUAAAUGUACUCUUUUUCAUCUACCUUGCAAGGAUUUUUAUAUGAUAAAGGCGGAAUUAACUGUUUUUCUUUUACUCAUUGUUUUAUAUGGUCACAUGAAUCAGCAAGAGAAAAUUUUAAAAAAAAUUUUAUGUAUAUAGGGAAAUUUUAUUUCUCCAAAUUCUUGUUUUUUUUCUUUUCAGUACCCUGUUAACAACUUUCACCUAUAGACUAGAGAGAUGUUAAUGGAAUAAAUAAAAUAUAUUUCAAAUCAUUUGCUCUUUUAUAA